AGAUCCAGUCUUCUCCAGGAACCAGUCAGUUUAUUUGCCAUUAGGCCUAACCUCUGUGGAAGCAUGAGUUCCCACCAGCAGAAGCAGCCCUGUGCCGCACCACCUCAGGUUCACCAGCACCAGACGAAGCAGCCUUGCCAGCCUCCACCCCAGGAGCCAUGUGCCCCCAAAACCAAGGAGCCCUGCCACACCAAAGCACCUGAGCCCUGCCAACCCAAUGCUCCUGAGCCCUGCCACCCCAAGGCACCUGAGCCUUGCCACCCCAAGGCGCCUGAGCCCUGCCACCCAAAGGCACCUGAGCCUUGCCACCCUAAGGCGCCUGAGCCUUGCCACCCUAAGGCGCCUGAGCCUUGCCACCCUAAGGUGCCUGAGCCUUGCCCAUCAACAGUCACUCCAGCACCAGCUCAGCAGAAGACCAAGCUGAAGUAAAGUGAUCUGCUGCCAGGCCUUUGAGGAGGUGGCCACCCGGAUCCUGAACCCCCUUUCCCAUUCUGCUUCUGUGUCCCUUGUCUGUUGCCCUGGCAACUAGCAUGAUGUUACUGUCUAUACUGUCUAAAAAUAUCCCUGGCACUCACUCUGGAGGAUUCCUGAGCCUCUGACAUCGCUGGGAGUCUCACUGGUGAGUUAGUCUUCCAGUGGCUCAGAGCUGAUCUGAAGAGGGAUUGUGGGAGGAACAGGGUGACUCUUCCCUGUUCUGCCUCAUUAAAUCAGUUUAAAUGCCACA